UUUAAAAUAAAGAAAAUGGACCCAUACCACAACAACCACCAACACACCUCCCACCACCGCCGUGACGAACCACCACCACCACACAUCUCCGGUGGUCCACCCUACCCACCACCAUCCCACGUCGGCGGUGCUCCACUCUACCCACCACCACCCCACGUCACCGGUGGUCCAACGUACCCACCACCGCCCCACAUCUCCGGUGCUCCACCUCAUCAUUCUUACCCACCGCCACCACCCCACGUUGAAUACUACCCUCCGCCACCACCACACCAUCAUCCCCCGCCUCCACCAUCAUACACGCCGGAUUACCACCACCCACAACCACCUGUCUACCACCACGAAAGCAGCCACCAUAUCCCACACAUAACUCCUCCGACCAAUUACAAUCAUGAUCACCACCAUCCUAAAAAAUACACAGAUGAUAAACCAACAGUUAGAGUCUACUGUAAAGCGAAAACUGAUUAUGCACUUACUAUUCGUGAUGGAAAAGUCAUUCUUGCCCCUUCUAAUCCCUCUGAUCUUCAUCAGCAUUGGAUAAAAGAUUUGAAGUUUAGUACAAGGGUGAAAGAUGAACAGGGGUAUCCUUCUUUUGCAUUAGUCAACAAAGCUACAGGUCAAGCUAUCAAGCACUCCGUUGGUGCUACUUAUCCUGUUCAGCUGACAGAAUACAACCCUGAUAAAUUAGAUGAAUCUGUUCUUUGGACUGAGAGCAAGGACUUAGGGGAUGGUUACAGGGCAGUAAGAAUGGUCAACAAUAUUAAGCUUAAUGUUGAUGCAUUUAAUGGUGACAAAAACCAUGGUGGCGUGCAUGAUGGCACAAAAAUUGUUCUUUGGGAAUGGAAGAAAGACAGCAAUCAAAGAUGGACCAUGGUCCCUUACUGAUAUGUGGUUAUGUACAGUAUGGAACUGCAAGUCUUCAGUGUGUAUUCUUGUUGCUAUAUAUUCGUGGGGAGCUUUAUGCCGCUUGUGGUUUUCAUGUGUAUCAUUGAAUGAUGUUUCUUUGGAUACUCGAUUGUUGAACCACUGAAGGCUUGCUUCUGUGGUUAGUAAGUAUCUAUAUGUCGCCCUAUUGCGUUUGGUAUGGUAUUGCUUCUUAUGUCUUGGUUUGUGAUCAUUUGAUAAGCAAUUCUGUCUACCAUGAUAUGCUUUACUAGGCCAAAGUGUCAAGGUUCACUGUUUUUUUUCACUUUUUAUGGUUGUGACCUUUGCAACUGGCCAAAUGUAGUGGAUUCAUUUAUUUUUUUUUA